UCGAAGGGCGGAGCUAAGGUUGAAGAAAGGAGAACCCUUUAAAUAAGGGGCCCCCUUUGGCUGCCCAGCAGUGUCCCUCCGACCUCCUACAAGUCUGUGAGAAGGAGCCAGAGACUGACUGAGAUGAUGGAGCCCGAGGAGUACAGAGAGAGAGGAAAAGAGAUGGUGGAUUACAUCUGCCAGUACCUGAGCACUGUGCGGGAGCGGCGGGUGACCCCGGACGUGCGGCCUGGCUACCUGCGGGCCCAGCUGCCCGAGAGCGCGCCUGAGCAGCCUGACAGCUGGGACAGCAUCUUCGGGGACAUUGAGCGAAUCAUCAUGCCUGGGGUGGUACACUGGCAGAGCCCCCACAUGCACGCCUACUACCCAGCUCUCACCUCUUGGCCAUCACUGCUGGGAGACAUGCUGGCCGAUGCCAUCAACUGCUUGGGAUUCACCUGGGCUUCCAGCCCUGCGUGCACAGAGCUGGAGAUGAGCGUCAUGGACUGGCUGGCAAAGAUGCUGGGACUUCCAGAGCACUUCCUGCACCACCACCCUGGCAGCCACGGAGGAGGCGUCCUGCAGAGCACAGUCAGUGAGUCCACCUUGAUCGCCUUGCUGGCCGCAAGAAAGAACAAAAUCCUGGAGAUGAAAGCGUCUGAGCCCGGGGCGGACGAGUCCUCCCUGAAUGCGCGGCUCAUUGCCUAUGCCUCUGACCAGGCUCACUCCUCAGUGGAAAAGGCUGGUUUGAUUUCUCUCGUGAAGAUGAAGUUUUUGCCUGUGGAUGACAACUUCUCACUCCGUGGGGAAGCUCUUCAGAAAGCCAUCGAGGAGGACACACAGCGGGGCUUGGUGCCUGUCUUUGUCUGCGCAACACUGGGGACCACUGGGGUCUGUGCCUUUGACUGCCUGUCGGAGCUGGGCCCCAUAUGUGCCAGGGAAGGGCUGUGGCUGCACAUUGACGCCGCCUACGCGGGCACUGCCUUCCUGUGCCCCGAAUUCCGGAGCUUUCUGCAGGGCAUUGAGUAUGCGGAUUCCUUCACCUUCAAUCCUUCCAAGUGGAUGAUGGUGCACUUUGACUGCACCGGGUUCUGGGUCAAGGACAAGUACAAGCUGCAGCAGACCUUCAGCGUGAACCCCGUCUACCUCAGGCAUGCCAACUCGGGUGCGGCCACCGACUUCAUGCACUGGCAGAUUCCUCUGAGCCGGCGGUUUCGCUCUAUUAAGCUCUGGUUUGUGAUCCGGUCCUUCGGGGUGAAGAAUCUGCAAGCACACGUCAGACAUGGGACCGAAAUGGCUAAAUAUUUUGAAUCUCUGGUCAGAAACGACCCUUUCUUUGAAAUUCCUGCCCAGAGGCACCUUGGCCUGGUGGUUUUUCGUCUAAAGGGUCCUAAUUGUCUGACGGAAAGCGUGUUAGAGGAAAUAGCUAAAGCUGGCCGUCUCUUCCUCAUCCCGGCCACCAUCCAGGACAAGCUGAUCAUCCGCUUCACUGUGACAUCCCAGUUCACCACCAGGGCUGACAUCCUGAGAGACUGGAAUCUCAUUCGCGAUGCCGCCACGCUCAUCCUGAGUCAGCACUGUACUUCCCAACCUAGCCCGCAGGUCAGGAACCUCAUGCCCCAAACCAGGGGCCCCAGAGCCCUGACCAGUGGCAUGUCCCUUCAGCCCAUCAGUGGGGCCGAAGAUGACCUAGCCCAGGCCAGAAGGAUCAUCAAGCAGCCUCAGCGUGUGGGAGCCAGUCCCCUGAGGCAGGAAGACGGCUGUCACCUUGAAAACCUGCUGGACCCUCCAGAUGACUGCUUUUCAGAAGAGGCCCCGGACGUCACCCAACACAAGGCGUCCUCCUUCCUGUUCAGUUACUUGUCCGUGCAGAACAAGAAGAGGGCCGUGCGGUCCCUCAGCUGCAGCAGCGUGCCUGUGAGCGCACAGAGGCCUCUGCCCGCCGACGGCUCUGUGAGGAACGGGGGCUCCUCCCGGGUCAAAGUCUCCUCUCGGUUUCCGGAAGACGUGAUGAUGCUGAAGAAUAGUGCCUUCAGAAAGCUCAUCAAGUUCUACAGCGUGCCCAGCUUCCCCGAGUGCGGCUCUCAGUGCGGGCUCCAGCUGCCCUGCUGCCCUCUGCAGGCCAUGGUGUAGGCCAGGGCCUCGGCGGCGUGCACGGGGGUGCUCCAGGGCGGCUCCGAGCCCUGGGAAUGGUGUGCCGAAUCUGUGUGCUUAUGCGUGUGCAUGUUUUCCUUCGGGGGAGAGCCCAUCAUUUUUAUCAGAUUCUCACAGGGGUUUAUGAUUCACCAAAGAAUACAAAUGGGGGGUUGAGGCAGCUCCUGUGGUUCAGCUUGUGAUAUGAAAUGUAAUGUAGAAAUAAAUU